AUGGAAAGUAGAACUGCUCAGGAAGAUUUUCCAACUUCUUGUAUUCGCAUCAAUGGCAGACCUAUUUUGCCAGUCAGGGUCGAUGAUAAUUAUAAGAAUGAAAUUGCUAAAUAUAAAGCCAUGGCGAUUGCUCGGCAAAAGAAACUUGAGGAUGCCAAGAAAGCAAAGCAUAAACAAUUACUUCAGGAUAUAGACAUGAAAAUGAAAGUGUUAGAGGAGAAAAAAAGAAAUCGUCAAAAGUUAGAGCAAGUAUCUGAAUCGAAUCCAAAACAACCUUCUGAACAAGAUUCGGCAGUACUCAGCAUAAACAACGUUAACCACGUCAGCGCUGAUCAUAGCAGAAAAAGUAAUAACGACAAAAAAUCGGAAACUUAUCUCGAAGAAUUUCCAUUAGAGACUAACACUAGUUCAAGUAACAUUGAAAAUGAUAACAGCUUCAGAAUAUCUGAAAAGGAUAAUGCAACACCCAAAAAAGAGGAACAUUUAGCUAGUAACGAUACAGAAUUAAACGAGACAAACGCUGAUUCUAGUAGCGAUACCGGACUAGUUGAGGAUUUAAUUAAAGAGUUUAGUCAGCAUUCAUUACAAACACCACAACCAAGCGAUCAGGAAGAAGCUAUCAAGGAUGAAAUCCUAUCUGUAAAGAACCUUGGUAGUCAUCACACUCGCGCUCCUGAAACAGGUGAUAGUACAUCUUUGAAAAUGCCAACUGUUGAUAAUUUCCAAUUUACCAGUCUAAGAAACUACAGUCCGCCAAAUAAAGAUAUUUACCAUUCACCGACACAAGAGGACAAUAACGAAAGCGUAGCAUCGUCAGACGAUUCUACAGUGUUACAGGCAUUUAGUGAAGAUCGACCACCUAGCAGACGUCGAUUAAAUAUGGAUCAAGUUGUUGAACCUAUUGAAAAUCCUCAGAGUGUGGAUGAUGUCGAUGAUGCUAAAAUUCGGUCGUCAUAUGAAAUUAAAAGGGCCUCUCCCAGUCGCAUUGUAAUUGCCAGACCUCAAUACAUAUUUGACGAUAGUAUGGAUCCAUUCGAUACUGAUGAUAGCAUUGAGACCGUGCCAAUGAGAAAUGAUUUUUCAUCCGAAACGAUUAGUAAAGAGCAAAUUGCUCCAAUACGGGCUUGGAUGGAACUUCAUGAUAUCAACUUUGAUAAGGUAUCAGCUAUAGCGAAGGGAUUCUUGACACGUUUAUUGAUUCGAACGGAAAGAGUGCAAGCUAUCAUUCAAACCAUUAAGCUUAAAGCCGCUCGGUAUUCACUAAAUGAUAUCUUUAUAUCGGCUCCUUCGCACGUACGGAUGAACAUAAUUGCAAAUGAUAGAUUAACCAAGAAUUCUCGACAGUCGUCAGCGAAGAGUAAGCCAUUGGGUCUAAGUCGAGCAACGCGAAUAUCUCUUAACAGACGUCUGAAAUUUAAUCAAUUCUUCCUUGACUGCAUAAGCAACAGUAGCAAUAAAACAACUGAAAGUUCUAAGAAAGAAAAAUCAAAAAUUUUAACGAGUUUUCCUCAGCCUGAGCAAAGUGUUCAAUCGCCUUAUCUUCGUGGUAAUAAAAGAAUUUUUGGCUCUAGUAACACUCCAAAUGUAGCUCGUGCAUCGCAACAUAAUCGAUCCCCUACUGUAAUAUUAGAUUUAGGACAUAAACGUCAUUUAGAAUCGGAUCCUGUACAAUUAAAGAAAUCUCGUCCUGCGUCGGCCAUCAUAGAGCGUGGAUACAACAAAAAGAGUGUUGCUGACCGUGUUACUCUAAGUAGUGAAUUUUUAAGGCGAAAUAAACUCGAUCAGUCACCAAAGACUGUUUCACCCUAUUCAAGAAAAAAAGGCACGCCGAAGAACUUAAAUUCUAAAUUUCCUAAAAAGACUAAUUAUGGCGGAGCUAUACCACUGGCGCGAAAUAUUUCCAAGAAGAUCUAA